AUGAAUUCCAUCCUCAACCCAUCCCCCGAUUCGAAGCCGGAGGAUUGCCAGAUUGAAAACCCUCAAAAUGAAAAGAAGUGUGGCCAUGAUCUGACGACAAUAACGGAUGAACCAAAAAGUCAAGACAUGGAGGAGAUUCGUAAAGCUGUAGAAGCUUACACCCCCGACGAAGCUAAGCAAAUUCUCAGAAAAGUCGAUUACCGCUUGGUUCCGUUGUUAGCAGUACUCUAUCUCCUAGCUUUCAUUGACCGGGGAAAUAUUGCCAAUGCGAAAAUCGCUGGGAUGGAGAAGGACCUCAAUCUCCAAGGCUCGCAAUACAACGUAGCGUUAACCCUAUUUUUCGUUCCCUAUGGGCUUUUCGAAGUCCCAAGCAAUAUUGUUCUUAAAAUAUUGCGGCCUUCUUCGGGCUUCUUCCCAGCAGCAACGUAUUUGUUAACCAUCUGGUAUAAGCGCUAUGAAGUCCAGCAGCGGAUGGCAGUCUUUUAUGCCGCUGCGUCUCUUUCCGGUGCAUUUUCGGGGCUUCUAGCUUUUGCUAUUGAAAAAAUGCAUGGCGUUGGUAACUAUGCUGGAUGGCGAUGGUUCGUGUUCGAUUCAGGGCACCUCGAUAUGUUAUUUGGCUUCGAACUAAGAAUUUCGUCUCAUAGGAUUUUUAUUCUUGAGGGCCUUCUCCCUGUUGCUUUAGCCGCCGUUGUUUGGCGAAUCCUUCCAGACAGUCCUGAAAAGGCUCGAUUCCUAACAAAUUCUGAAAAAGAAUUUAUCGUGAAUCGGCUCUCGCUGGAAACUGGAUCCGGCCAUGGAAAGGUUACCAAUUCCGACAAGAUCCAGUGGCAUCACAUUAUCGCAGCUUUCAAGGAAUGGAAGAUUUGGGCUGCGAUCGUUCUCUUCUGGGCCAACACUAUCGGUGUUUACGGUGGCAAUCCCAGCUUCACAGCGACUGUCCCUACAGUCAUUGCCGACCUUGGAUAUACAGCUGCCCACGCGCAACUGCUAACUAUACCGAUCUAUGUACUUGCUAUGAUAGUGACGAUAUUAUUUGCCUUUCUGUCUGAUCGGUAUCAACAGCGCACGCCCUUCAUUGUUGCUGGAUACAUCAUCGCUACCCUGGGAUUUACCGCUCAGUUAGCAAUACCGCAUCCCAAGUUCCCGGGUCUAACUUAUGGCAUGCUUUUCGUUGUUGCCGCCGGUCUUUAUGCGCCUUUCAUAUCCAUUGUGUGCCUGAUUGGGAACAAUCUUGCCCCUUCGUCGAAACGUGCCAUUGCUAGCGCAAGAGGGCGAGGAUGCGAUUAG